CGCGCUAGUGUCAGUCCUGGCCGGGUCACGUCAGGUGCAGGUCAUGUGGUUCUUCCCGGCCCAGUCCGGUUCCUUGCAAGACGAAGCGAAAACGUCUUUUCCUCCUUAUCCUAGCUCCUUCCCCGAAUGACUGCCGUCUUCAGAUUGUUCUCAAGUGUCAAGCAGCAUGACUCGAAGCAUCUGAAGAAGUCUGACAAGACAGAAAUGGCGGAGCUUGAAGGAGCCUCCGCCAACGAGCGGUCACCGCUCAUAAACUAUCGCCUCUCUCGGAGCCUCAGUAGCACCCCCAGGCUGUCUUCAGACAAGGAGCCGGCGCAACCAGAGCCCGGCUCAAGGAAACUGUCCACGUUCUUAGGCGUGGUGGUGCCCUGCACCCUGUCUAUGUUCAGUGUCAUUCUGUUUCUACGUAUGGGUUUCUUGAUCGGCCAGGCUGGACUCCUUGUUGGCAUUGCUCAGUUCUUCCUGGCGUACUGUAUCAUCGGCCUGACCAUCCUGUCUAUCUGUGCUAUCUCCACUAACGGAGCUAUCGAAGGGGGAGGGGCUUACUUCAUGAUCAGUCGUACGCUAGGCCCAGAGUUUGGAGGUAGUGUCGGGGUUCUGUUCUACUUUGCCAACAUCUUCUCCUCAGCCCUGUACGUACUGGGUCUGGUGGAGGCUCUACUGGGGAACUUUGGGGCUGAAGAUGGUUCCCUGGCCCAUGCCCUCCCUGUGGGCCACUGGUACUCCUUCCUGUACGGCACACUGUUCCUGCUGUUCAACCUGCUGGUGUGCCUGGUCGGGGCGCAGAUGUUCGCUCGGACGUCCCUCGUCAUCUUCUGCGUGGUGCAAGUUGCCAUAGUGAGUGUGUUCAUCAGUUUUGGUGUGGAGAACAAGCCGAUGAACAUCAGCCUGAUCAACAGCAUCCCGAACCCUGACAUCGUCAACCAGACCAUCAACCACUCCAUGUACACUGCCUUCAACGUGGAGACCGCCAGGGAGAACCUCUGGCCGGAUUUCGGGACUGACUACAGCACUGGCACCAUCAUGAACUUUGCUACGGUGUUCGCCAUCAUGUUUAACGGCUGCACGGGCAUCAUGGCAGGAGCCAACAUGUCAGGUGACCUGGCAAACCCCAGCAGAUCCAUCCCCAUCGGCACCAUCUGUGCAGUGAUGGCCACCUUCGUGGUGUACCUGCUCCUCUGCAUCUUUGUGGCAUUCACCUGUGAAAGAGACCUUCUGCAGAAUAACUACAUGGUGCUCCAGUACAUCAACAUGUGGGCACCCUUACCAGUGAUAGGUCUAUACUCAGCCACUCUGUCUGCUGCUCUCAGCUGUCUCAUUGGAGCAUCUAGGAUCCUGGAGGCUCUGUCUCGGGACAAGCUCUUUGGAGGUGUCUUGCGGAUGUUGACCAUCACCAAUCGCAGUGGCAACCCGUAUGUGGCCGUGUUUGUGUCCUGGUUCUUAGUACAGUUGAUCCUGUUGAUCCAGCAGGUGAACGCCCUGGCCCCCAUCGUGUCCCUGCUGUUCAUCCUGUGUUACGCUGCUGUCAACAUCGCCUGCCUCGCACUGGAGUGGGCCUCCGCUCCCAACUUCAGACCAAUGUUCAAGUACUUCACCUGGCACACCUGCCUGCUUGGAGCCAUCAGUUGCCUGGUGAUGAUGUUCCUCAUUGACCCGAUGUACGCGGCCAUUGCCAUCGCCUGUGUGGCUGUCCUGGUGCUCGUGAUCCACUACUUGUCUCCUGAUUCCUCCUGGGGCUCUAUCACACAGGCUCUCAUCUUCCACCAGGUCCGUAAGUACCUGCUUCUCCUGGACAUCAGGAAGGACCACAUCAAGUACUGGCGGCCGCAGAUGCUGCUGCUGGUCAACAACCCACGGUCAUGCUGCCAGAUCAUCUCCUUCACCAAUGAUCUGAAGAAGGGCGGGCUGUUUGUGGUGGGUCACGUGGAGGUCGGCAGCCUGUGCGAGCAGCCGUACGACCCCAUGCAGCGCCAGACGACCUUCUGGAUGAACCUGGUCGACAACUUGAAGGUGAAGGCGUUUGUGGAGCUGACCCUGUGCCCCACAGUGCAGCUGGGAGUGGAAAACCUGAUGAGAAUAUCAGGACUGGGAGGCAUGAAGCCAAACACAGUCAUGAUGGGUUUCUAUGACAACUGUGCCCAGGAAGACACCUUCCUCUCCAUGGACGUCUUCAAGGAGCCGAAGGAGAAGCGUGUGCAGUUUGCUGAUGAGGAGUACGGCAGGAUGGGGGAGGCAUUUCCACCUCUCAGGAAGCUGGGGGAUGAAAAGGUGCUGAAUCUUUCGGAGUACGUGGCCAUCAUCAGUGAUGCCAUCAAGCUGACCAAGAACGUCUGUCUGCUGCGGUACUUCCGCCAGAUGGACCGCGCGGCCCUGUUCUCCCAGAAGCAGACCAAGUACAUCGACGUCUGGCCUGUCAACAUGAUGAAACCCGAGAUGGCCAGCUACUUUGACGUGACCUGCUUCUUCCUGCUGCAGCUGGCCUGUAUCCUGAAUAUGGUGCCGCACUGGAGAAAGGUGACCCGCAUGCGUGUGUUCCUCUGUGUGGAGGGCGGAGACCACAACGAGCCCGGCACGAGGCGGCGAGAGGCAAAACUUAAGGAGCUUCUGACGCAGCUCCGCAUCCAGGCUGACAUCAACAUCAUCAACUGGGAACAUGUCAUCUGUCUAAGGGGCAAUUCGGAGGGAACUGUCCUCACAGACGAGGCGCCCGUUGCCAUGGCAAUCACGGAAGAGUACCUGCGCGCGAUGAACGAACUCAUCAAGCAGCAGUCGCAGAACACGGCCGUGAACUUUCUGUACCUGACCCGCCCGCCGGUCGACACCAGUCGCUACCCAGAAUACCUCAGCAGAUAUGACCUUUUGACCCAUGACCUCCCUCCCACGGUCUUGGUUCAUGGACUCAGUGCUGUGACCAGUACUGACCUGUGAUUACCUUUUAAACUACAACCUUCGACCUAUGACCACCCCCAUCAUCUUGCCCAUCACCCUCCUACACUGUUCGUCCACAAACUCAUGAUGAGUUCUAUCAGGACUUAACAUUUGAUUCUCUUAUUCACCUGUAUGAUCUUCAACUUAAAAUGAUCCGGAGAUGUCAAGCUAACAUUCUAUGAUAUUGGGCUAAUUAUGUACAGGGGUGGUUACAAAACUAUUUGAGGCCUCCUCUCAGAAUCUUUUCCUAGAAUAUUCAUCCAACAGUUUUAUUCCGGUUACUCGUCACUAACCAGUUUUCUUGCUGCUUUCAACUCAGACACACACAAAAAAUUCUUGCCAAGAGCAUGAACUCUGUCAAGGUCAUGUAGUAUGUUCAAGGUCAGACGGGGACCUGUUACUAUGAUGGUUUUCUUCAGAAUACCUACUGGUCACUUUGUAGCUCACAAGCUGAUUUAGAAUCUCUUUACAAAAACAACAGUUUG